UUAAUGCUACAUUAUUAAUCAAUAUGUGCUCGGUAUUGACAUUUUUUUCCAGUUAUCAACGUUUCGAUGUCCAUUAGUAAUAAUUUAGAAAUGGUGCCAUCGUCGAUUUUUUCCAUUAUUAAUAAUUUUCAUCGCCAUUGUCUAUGUUUACGUAUCCAUAAUUAAUCCAUCUUUUGGUCGUAAGGAAACACUCGUUAUCAACGUUUCUGUCUCCAUUAGUAAUAUUUCGUCGCCAUUAUCAACAUUUCUUAUCUCAUUUUUCCAAUAUUAAGCAAUUUGUGGUCGUUGUCAACGUUUCAAUUUCUUUACACUGUUUCAUUUUGGUAUAAUAACAAUUAAAAAUUUUCGUCGCCAUCAUUAAUAAUCAACAGUGGUCUAUUAUUAAUAAUUUCGUCGCCAUUUUCAAUCUUUUUACACUGUUUCAUUAUAAUAUAAUUAACUUGUAUUAUUAAUAACUCAUUGGACGUUCUCAACGUUUCUGUGUCCAUUAGUAAUCAAUCUGUGGUCUUUGUCAAGUCCAUGGAGUCGGCCGGCCGGCCACGAGGAUCGCUUUAUCGUCGCGAUGCCGGCGAAGCAGCGCAAUGGUAACGACUGGCGACGCUAAUGAAUGGAAGUGGCCGUAUGGACAGUGGCUGCGCGGAAAGGAGGCGAGACGAGAUGGUUGGGUACGAGACGACGGAAACGGAGGUGAGACAGCGGCGAGUAUUCAAAUAACGAAAACGAAGGCGAGACAGCGACGAUUGCCCUGACGGCGGCGAGUGUCGAAGCGGUUUUAGGGUUGGGAGAAGGACAUGGGCUCGAAAAUAAAUCUCCACCCGCGUUUAUUUGAUUUUCGGCAGUUUCCGAUUAGUAAUUAUUAAUAAUUAUUUUUUUAACUCUAUUCCCGUCUUACCCUUGCACGUUUCUUUUUGGUAGUUGGACAAUGAUUACUAAUGACUCUCUCUCUCUCCUUCUCCUAUUGGUUGAAAAGGGUUUAAGAUCUUCCUUAAAAAAGAGGCCUUAAGGACCUGAUCUAACCCGAGACAGUUCAUAUUGGUUUUAGUAAAAUAUUUUGGCAAGUGGGGAUCAUCAACAUUUAAUGAGUUUAGGUAUAUAUAUACAUAACGUAUUUGAAGACACUUUUUUUCUUACAUCUAUAUUUAGAUAAAUAAAAUAUAACGUUUUAAAUAAACUAAAAAAUCCUCAUAUUUAAAUACAACCUUUAAUGUCAACAUCCAAAAUUUUAUACUUUAAUGACUUGAUAUAUACACAAGUUUUUGUCCACCAUUCUUGUACCGUUUGAGUCUUAUUUCUCGUGUUUUAGGCCGAUUUCACGCUAGGUUGUUCUUGUUUGUGAUAUUUCAGGUCCUAGUACAUGAAUGAAGGUUUGGGAACGAGUUCGGGGUCGAUUGGACGAAGAUUGGACGUUUGGAGAGAAGCUGAGGAAGCCACACGUACACGGCUAAAAUCCCACACGGUCGUGUGACUUGGCCGUGUGGCACCAUUUUGCACAGGCAAGCCACACUAGCCGUGUAGGGGACUCCUUGUGGCCGUGUGGAAAGUCCAGGGAGCUCACACGGCCAUCAUGGAAAUCCACACGACCGUGUGUCCUUGGCCGUGCAGCAUGCCUGAAAACCCACUAAUCGAAACGCAGCGUUUUGACAUCCACACGGUCUGACUGGGAGACCACACGGUCAUGUGGCCUGGCCGUGUGGUCGGAGAAUUCUGGCUUGUAACCCAAUUUCGAGCCAAAAGUGAGAGAAUCGACUUUUUGGAGCAAAAACAGAGCCCUAGAGAGAGAAAGUGCGAAGAACACAUCCUAGAGGUGAUUUUGGAGGUGGGUUUCAUCAAUCGAGCUUGGAGAUCAUCAUCCCAGAGCAGAUUUUCCUCAUCUUUAUGAGUAUGACUACUCUGAUUAUUGUUUUCCUCUCUCUCUCUCUCUCUAUGGAGUAGAACCUUCUCUCACUUGGGUAUGAAGAACCCUAGUUCCAUGUGUUAGGGAUCUUGAUUGUAAUGACUUGGGAUUGUUAUACUGUUUGAUUUUAAUCGAUUGAUGCAUGAUUAUUUGAGUCAAUUAAAGCUUGAUCACCUUUUCUUGAUUUCUGCUGCAGCCCGAGAUAGAUAGAAUCUGAUUAGGUUGUUAGAGCUUCAUCAAUCAGUAGUGGUAGAUUGAUUAUACGAGAGUUAAUCGAUUUACUGCUUUGUACUGGAAUCCAAUUCCAGUAGUGGAGUUCUGUGUUCAUAGCCUCAACUUUCUAUCCCGGUGAGGACCAGUCGUCUGCCGGGUAGUUGGACUGAAAGGGCUUGGUCAGCUUAACAGAUUCCAAGCUACUGUCGGAUCUUCCGCAGUUUAAUCAACAUUUAAUCAACCCAGGGUAAUUACAACUGAGACCUAACUAAGGAGCUAGGGGGACUCAUUCCCGAGUGACUCUUCCUUUGCUUUAGAAAACCGAACCAUUUCCUGCUUUCUUACUGCUUUUAGUUAAAAUCACAAUCACUCAACUUAGUUUGCUAGAUAACAGAUAUACACGGAGUAGGCAGUAGAUCUAGACCCCGGGUUGACAAUUAGAGCUUGCAUGUUACUGCAUUUUCAGACUGCGAUUACACUUGGUCGCAGUUUGGUGUUGUGUUUUAGCGUGUCAUACUUGAAUCAAACAAAUAGCAUAAACAUUGCAACAUUGCAACAUUUCAUAUUUGAAUUCAACAAAUAAUAUCAAUACUUGAUUUUUGAAUUCUAACCGAUUUUUUUAACUAGUGACGGCUGCAUCGACCAACAUGCCACUGACAUAACAAUCAUGCUAAGAAGUUGGAAAUCUAUUACUAGUGGGAAUGUCAAUCGACAAGUUGGUACCUGUCAUAAAACAGUUGCUUCCAAUAACCCGAGUUGUUAGGAGAAGGUUAUGCUGGAUCUUAUACCACACUCUUAGUCUCUUACACACCCCCUCUAACGAAAGCCAACCCAUGGGCUUGAAGUUUGCACAAGCCCACCAUACCUUGUGCUUUUUAAUAUAAACUGUUAAUAUUGGGGGUCGUGGAGAUUCGAACACAUGACCUUUCGGUUCUAGGCUCUGAUACCAUGUCAAGAACCAGUUGCUCCCAAUAACUCGAGUUUUUGGGAGCAACUGGUUCUUGACAGUACCAACACCUCGGUAUUCAUAUAUGCUCAUACGGCCGUGAGUCGAAGUAGGUUGAUCCAUGCAUAUAUGCUUUUUAAAGAAAUAAUAUUUAAUAUGCUAUUUUUUUCAUUACAAUUUUGAGAAACAAACUGAUAAGUUAAGUUAAAUUCGAGAACCGAAGGUUUUCAUUUACUAUAAUUUGAUUAGGCCUAAAAUAUAAUAUAAUAAAAGUUAAGUUUUAGUGAUUUGCUUAAAAUUACAUUACUAAGAUAAAACGGGUCAAGAAUGGGGUGGUUCAUGGCUGGUCAGGUCAAAGUGAAUAUCCAUGCUCGUAUUGCCCCAGGGUGGGGGUAAUCAAUGCGGGUAGGCAAGGUUAAGUUGAACCAUGCACAUGUGGCCUUUGACAAAAACAGAGUGAUAAAACGAGUUAUUUUGAAAUAACACGAUAUAUACAUUAUUUUAAAUAACUCAUUUUGAGUUAUCUGUAAAUAACUUACUGGCCAAAUAACUCAUUUCACUAAAAUUCUAGAAAUAACUAUUUAAUUUAAUUGCUUGGGAUUUGGGACCACCUUUUAGCGUUCCAUUUUCUUCCAUAGAAAAAGUAAAAAUCACUUCUAAAAUCUUAGACAACAUAGACACUAUUAAUGAUCACUCUCUUGACUCUUCCCAAAAAAAAAACACAACUCUCUUUUUUUUUUUCACAAGAGAGGAAAGAAGGCGCGGCGCUGCAACUUGCAAUUGGCAACUGGCAACGGGAAAACCAGACCAGUGUAAUUAAGACACGAAAAGUAAGGACCAUUCAUUUGGGAAGAAAGGAAAAAACCAAAAAGGAAUAAUAGAAGAACCUGUCGCCAUUUGCAUUGUUGUUAAUGUUAAGUUGAGUUGGCUAAUCUAAUUUUUUUGACAAAAUUUCCCAGAAUAUUCCUUCUUUUUCCUUUCCCUCCCAGAAAAAAACUGGAGAGACCUAGACAAGGCAGAAAAGUUAGACCUGGAGAAAGGAAGCACAGAAUCAGAAGCCGCCUUCCUCUGCAAGGAAACCCCAGAAAGCUCUCUUCUUUCUUCCUCUCUUUCCUCUCUCUAAACGAAUUCCUUGCUUUCAAACCUCUCUUUCUUUCCUUCCUUUCCAAAGAUCCCAUCUUUACUUCCUGGGCAUAUCAUAGAUUUGGCCCCUCUUUCGUUCAGAUUUCAGACAAAGGGGUCUACGGUCUCGUUUUUUCGGUGAAGAAAAGAGGGGAAAAUCAGUUCAACAACAAUUCUUCUUCCAGUCAAAGUUUCGUUUCUUACCCUGGUUCAGAAAAGAGCUCUUUUUUCUCUACUAAUCUCUCUGUUUUCGUGCUCCUUCAAAUGACACAAUGUCCAGCGAAUUCCAUCAACUACAACCAAACCCUCUGCGCUUGCCCACCGGGUUACAUCCUCGACCCGGCAACCCGGCGAAGCUGCUCCUUGUUCAAUGCCAGCUCAGACAUUCACACGGUUUCCGGCGUCGAUUACAAUACCCUCUCUUUCCCAGCCACCAUCUUCGAUUUUGAUUCGAUUCGCAGGUUCACUCAGUCCCAAGCUGUCUUCUUGGAGGCUACCGCUGUUAUGGUGCUUUCUUGGCUCGUGUUUUGCUUCUGUUUGAGGGUUUUCAAGCUAGGAGAUGGCAGGAAUGUCUGGUUCAAGAUUAGGUGGUGGAUUAGUCGCUUGGAUAUUUGCUUUGCCACCAGACAUUGGUUGGAUGAUCAAAAGCCGGUAAUGAAGAGGAAAACUGAACUAGGGGGAACUUUCUCUAUAGCCAGUUGGAUUCUGUUCAUUGGGCUGUUCGCUGCGUUGCUGUACCAAAUAAUAUCAAAGAGAACGAUCGAAGUCCAUAACAUAAGAGCAAUGAAUGCACCUGAUCUGGCUGCUUUCCUCAACGACAUGGACUUCAACAUAACCACUGUAUCGAGCAUGAGUUGUUCAAACUUACGUGGCCUUGGAAACUUGGUCACUGGGAGGUCUGGAUUCGUGGACCAGAGAGUUGUCCCUCUUCGGAACUUUGUGAACUACACUUGCAUGAACACAACUAUGGGCCCCACUCUGUCUUUCAAGUGUACUAACUGCCAGAUCAUCACAGAUUCACUGUUCAUCUCGUGGCAAUUUGUUGAUGUUCCUGGUAGUCCUGCAGCUGCUGUAGCUUUCCAGUUCAACCUCACUGCAAAUUACCAUGGUGAUAAGAAGCAUGUGAGUGCAGUCGGUGGUACUGUGAAGAAUGGAAGCAUUUUGAAUAGUCAACCAGUUACAUUCAGAGGGACAGAUAGAAAUAUAAUCAGAUUCAAUCUUUUUCCUCGGAUUUACCAUAAUCUACGUGAUCUGAAGCUCAUCCAACCUCUAUUUCAUGACUUCCUUCCUGGUUCUUUUUACACCAACCCGACUCAGCUCCAGAACUCCCUUCAAACUUCUGUUGAUGGCUUAAUCAACACCACAUUGUAUAUCAACUACCUCUCGUCUUACGUUGUUGAGAUUGAAAAUCAGAAUAUAAUGGGUCCUGUGAGCUUCCUUGCCGAUCUAGGUGGUCUAUAUUGCAUCAGCAUUGGCAUAUUUUUCUACCUGAUGGUGCAAUGCGAGUACAGAAUUAAGAAAUUGCGGAAUGAAGACAGAACUAUGCGGAACAUCAGAAAAAGACUAAAAGCUCAGGCACGCUGGGAGAAAUUGAGGAAAUACGUGAUCUACACAUGGGGAUGCAGCGCGCUGGAUGAUGACUUGAGAAACAAUAAUAAUGGCGAAUCGAGUUGCAGUUUCAUGCUUCCAUCAGUUCAUCGGAAUGGGUCCUUGCAUGGAGGGGGAUCAUCGAAGAAGAGGUCAAAGAGAUUGGAUUCCAUCAACUUCAACAGGAAUGCUGCUUUACCCAGUGAAAAGAAUACAAUUCGUGAGCAUAACCCUACACAGGGAGUGACAUCCCUAGCUGGACAUGGGUCAUCAACCUCUAAAGAGAGAGUAAAGGAUAAUGCAAAGAAAAGCCAUAAGGAUCAGAACCCUCGCUCCAAAACUGGCGAGAAACAAGCAGCAGCCGGAGUGUCAAAAGGAGACUCCAAGCAACCUCAACUGCAUUCCACUAGAGAUGUGAAUGAUUUCAUUCCCCCGCCUCCUCCUUUAGAACUCAAGGUUGGAUCUGAAGUAGAGAUGACAGAGAUUUGGAAGAACUUUGAGCAGCUUCAUGAGUACAAUGUCAUGUUGAGAGAGAAGUUUCUGGCCACAGAAUCUUUACUCCAUAGUUUAGCAUCCAAAUCGCCGACUCCCUCUCUAGAGAAACAGACCUAGUGCGAGUGUAAAAACACCACAUGGGCAUGUUAAAAGAUAAGAGCUAAUGUUCAUUAAUUCUCCUUCAGAGAGUGUACAGCAUCAUCGUUUCAGAUUUCCAAGGGAAAUCAACCCUUGCUUGUUGUGAUCGAGCUCGAAAGCUUUUGGUCUUGAUGAUGGUCGCCUAAGCAACUACUUAAGGCUGUGGGGAGGCAGAGAGAGCUAUAUGUUGUCUGUGCCAAAGCUCAAGGAUUGAUUAACGGUGUGAAGCGUUUGGGGACUAACUGGUGGGAUGACUGUGGAGUUUGGUAAUCUGUACAUUUUGCAGAACCGUUGGUUGGUUUAUUCUUCUUUUUGUAUAUUUGUUGACGACGGCGGUGCACAUAUCAAUUUUGACCUUUUUUUUCUCAGUUUGUACCGUUUCAUGUCUCUACUUCUCCAGUUCCAACAUUUUUUUUUUUUGCAUUUAACGGAGAAUGGUUAUUGCGCAAAAUUAGAAAAUACCGUGGAAUCUGAGAAAUUCUUCAGUGCUCUGGGAGUACCACGUUGGACUGCUGAGAUGGUGCUCCACUGUUCCGGCCAAUUAAACUGACAUGUGACUUUGAUAUAAUUAAUAAUUUGUAAUUUGUAUCCCAAUAUAUAAUGAACAUUACACGAUAUAAUAGCAAAUAAGAAUAGUUCAAAAAUAUUCUUUAUCCUCCAACUAUAGAAGUAGAUUGUUAUUGUGUAGUGUGGUUAAGAAAUAUGGUGAUUAUUC